AUGAAGUUCCUCACAAACAUCCUUCUCUUCAUCGCGCCUAUCGCCCUCGCCCUUCCCACUUCAGCCCCCACUGAAGAACCAGUUGAGAUUGCCGCCGUCGAGGCUAGACAAUCCUGCUACGUUCGUUGCGGCUCAACAUGUUACACUUCAGCUCAAGUCUCUACUGCACGCAACGCGGGUUAUAACUACUACCGUCAAGGCGAUGAAGCUGGUAGCUCCAACUACCCUCACACGUACAACAACUAUGAGGGCUUUGACUUCCUCGUUUCUGGCCCCUACCAAGAGUUCCCGCUGAGGACUUCAGGUGCUUACACUGGCGGAUCUCCGGGUGCUGAUCGUGUUAUCUUCAACACUGCUGGACAGCGUGCGGGAGAGAUCACCCAUACCGGUGCGAGUGGCAACGCCUUUGUUGCUUGCUCUGGAUGGUAA